AUGGGGUGUAGGUUUCAGAGGAGAGUAGAAACUGUUUGGUUUGUAAAUAGUGUUGUCCAUGGCCUACUGGCUCAAGCCUGUACAGCUAAAGGCAGCGGGCCGAGCCAGUAUUGGGUAAGUGUUCUGCGUCACAGCCCAGUUCAUAGUCCGCGACUAUUGUUGUCAGGUGGGUUCAUGAGUGGGCCAGAUUCAAAGCAGCCCAAGCCCAAGCCUCACAGGUCACAACUUCACAGAUCAAGCUUCACUCCAUCGUCUUCUCCACUCAGGUUUGAUCGAGCAACUCCUUCACUCGAUCUCUCUUUGCUCAAGCUUCACAGGUCACAGCUUUCGUUAACGGAAUGGCUCGUAGCUUCACCGGGGUUCAACAAAGGUUGCAGUACCAAUGGAUCAAUCGAAUAUAAUAUUGGUGGUGGUGUUGUAGAAUUUCCAGGUAGGGUUUAUCCAUCAAGACAUGGAGACUUUGAAGUCUUGGCCGCUAGCUCUGGACAUAGAGAGAGUUUCUCAGUUGAUAGGCCUAUGAUUCUGAAGGUUGAUAGAGGUGAAAUGGAGGAUACUUCAUUUAGCAGAAGCCAAAGUGGGAAGAUAAAGAAAAGGGUCAGAUUCAAACUGCCUGAAGUUGCUGAUAUAUUCAUAUUGGAUUCAUCAAACAACACACAUUUCGAGAAAUAA